CUCUUACCAAAUACAGAGAGUCUCGCAGACUCGUCCCACAAAUGGGUUUUGACACUAGAAAUGGCGGCUGCAUGGGAUGCGGCCAUUUCAAACCCUAGUACUGUAGUAUCGCCGGUCUCUUCGCCUCCUUCCACCGCCGUUCCGGCCGCCAUCUCCGUCGCAGGAUUGAAGUGCAGGGAUAAGAGUUUUUAAGCCGGAGUCAAAAGGCGCUGGCUAUGGCAUUAGCUCUUAAAUCAACUUGCUUUGUUCAACUUAAGAAACCCAAAUCUUGUUGUGCUUUUCGGUCUUCACGGCAACUAGCAGUUGCUUCUACCAAAAGAAAUACAGCAAUGGCUGCUCUUAGCACUGUAUCGACAAUUGGCAUUUCUGAGACAUUUGCUAAAUUGAAGAAAGAAGGCAAGGUGGCACUUAUUCCUUACAUCACAGCUGGUGACCCUGACCUUUCAACUACCGCACAAGCUUUGAAGGUGCUUGACUCAUGUGGUUCGGAUAUAAUUGAGCUGGGUGUCCCGUAUUCCGAUCCGCUAGCAGAUGGUCCAGUGAUUCAGGCUGCAGCCACUCGAUCCUUGGCAAGGGGUACUAAUUUUGAUGCAAUUAUUUCCAUGUUGAAGGAGGUUGUUCCGCAAUUGUCGUCCCCUGUUGCUUUAUUCUCAUACUAUAACCCAAUUCUGAAGCGUGGAGUUGAAAAGUUCAUGUCCAUCAUAAAUGAUGCUGGGGUUCAUGGGCUUGUAGUUCCUGAUGUUCCUUUGGAAGAGACUGAAAUCUUAAGAAAGGAAGCUCUUAAGUACAAAAUUGAACUGGUGUUGCUUACUACACCUACUACUCCAACCAGUCGAAUGAAAGCCAUAGUUGAAGCCUCAGAAGGAUUUGUAUAUCUUGUGAGCUCUGUGGGAGUAACUGGUGCUCGAGCAUCUGUGAGUGCUCGGGUGGAAACUCUUUUGCGGGACAUUAAGGAGGCAACUACUAAACCUGUUGCUGUUGGCUUUGGCAUAUCGAAACCUGAGCAUGUGAAGCAGGUUGUGAGAUGGGGAGCUGAUGGUGUGAUUGUUGGAAGCGCAAUGGUGAAACUGCUUGGCGAAGCCAAAUCUCCAGAAGAAGGGCUAAAGGAGCUAGAAGAUUUCACUAGAUCCUUGGUAUCUGCCCUGCUUUGAGAGGGGUUUUGUUGAUCUGACUGCCUUGUUAGCUCUUCAUUUCAGCCUUUUGGACAACAAUGGAGAUUUAUUUAGAUUAACCCAUUCGGGGGUUCCCUUAAUUUUUAUGGCAUAUGUUCGGUCGGAAGCUUAUAGUGUCCUGUUCCGAGAACUCUCUUGAAUUUACCGGCCUUUUCCUGGCAGAAACAGGUUUUCCCUAAACUGCAUUUUUCAGACUACUCAGAAGAGCACUUUCACUUCCCAUAAUGCUUUGUGAGCUUUGAUCUACUGU